CGUUCUCUCCCCAGUCAGAAUUCCACGAGUUAGCAAUCGUCCAGUACUUGGUGCCAUUUUCGACUCCCCAUCCAAUGACUUUCACAGCGUGUGCUCCAGCUUGUCUACCUCCUACGUGCACAUAGAUACCAUUUUUGUAGGCGCCAAAGUCUUCAUAGACGACAAAUACUGCUUGUACUGGUCCUUUUCUCAUAAUCUCACUUUGUAUGAGAGCUUCAUUUUGUGGAAGCAUAUACACACCCUUCGCAAAGACCUUGUCGCGGUUAUAGCGUUUCCCAUAACCAUAUUGACAGUAUUUCUUGCACACGGGCGUCUUAAAUGCACGGUCGUUUGGACAGUCACCAUAGGCUUUUUGUCCUUCAUUGAAUCCACAUGGAUAGAAAACGUACGGUUUGCAGUUACCCUUUGUUUCAUACCGUCCUCCACUGCACACACCACUAUCUCUAGCAUAUCCCCAUGCUUCAAUGCCGUAGCCUCCUUCGCACCCAAAUCCACAAGACAUUCCACAGCAUGAAAGGAUAUCGGUGUCCGAAAGUAUUGUCUUUACCCUACCAUUUGUCCCUAUACAAAGGCGAUCGGACAUAGUUUCCGCAGCUGACACGGCCCAACACGACCCGCAAUUUGACUGGUCUCGAAUGUAACCGAUAACCGAGGAACAGUUCUUCCAUUUGUCUCGAGCAUCAAAACUUUCUGGAAUUCCUUGAUUUGUAUCCAGCUCCUCUGGCAUCAUUGUUAGGUGUUCUCCACGGGGUGCAUGAAGGAAUUCCAUUUUCAUCAAAUUAUUCAGACGCUUUUCGGUAACUUCCGGAGAAUAUUCAGCCUUAAAAAACGACUGUUUAUUGUUGACAUAUUCCUCUAA